AAAACAUCUGUCAUUUAAACGAGACUUUUUUAUAUCGUAUAUUGCUAGGGAAAGUAACCGAAACCCUGAAGAUGCACUCGUUGAAGGAGAAAGUGAGUAACGCAGCUAGUGCUGGUCAGGAGCAUCUUGACAAAUACAAAGCCCAUGUUGAAGAAAAGGCAGAGAAAGCAACAGCAAGAACCAAAGAGGAGAAAGAUAUGGCUCAUGAGAAAAUGAAAGCUAAAGAAGCUGAAGCUAAGAUGAAUCUACACGAGGCCAAAUCUGAACACGCGGCUGACAAACUCCAUGGAGCUCACCACCUGCCUGGCCAACCCCAUGCCCACCACAACCAGCCACUUGGGACUGGGGUGGCAGCUCCUACACACCCCCUUGCUGGACACCCUCCGGGACACAAUCAUCAUAUCUAGGACUUUACUUAAUAAUCUCGAGUCUUUAUGAUACUUAUUGUAAAAUAAAGUGUACUUCAGUUUGUGGUUUAUUAGGUACCUUUGUAAAUGGUCUGCCUCUUUGUAGCUUGAUCAUUGGUUUAUGGAAAUUUCUGUUGUGUUCCC